AUGGGCUUCCCGCGGCGGAUAAGAUUGGCAAAACCGAAGUUGAAACAACUAUCGUCAGUUGAGCACCUGCAUACAGGUACAUAUGGGGGGCCAGCUCCUGCUCUCCUGGUCUGCCGGUCCUAUCGGAACCACGGGCAGUUGUGUCUUGAAGACUUGGCGAGUGACGAUAUGCCUAGACUUGGUGUGGUGGCAAAGGUUCUAGUGACUACACAGCCGCAACGACGUCAGCUGGGAAUUCAAACACGAAGUUGGAGGGAAACAAAAAAACUCUGGUGA